CUGCGCUCCGGGCUGAGAAAUGCCCAGGUCUGACAACAUGCGCGGCCUCCAUUGUAAACACGUACGAAUAAUAAUUCAAAGCCAUAAGAAGCUGGCAAACCCAUCUCCAUUGGCAUGGCCUCGGCUUGAUGCUUUCUUCGAUUCAUUUCUAUAAUUAAUCAAAGUUGCACCACCGCCGCCCACUUUCAUCUAGCAAUCAACACGUUUGCGUGUCCUCAUUUUUUACCCGUCUGAGCAGGUCGGCAUUUCCAAUUUGGAAGCUCCGGGGUGUGAACCUCCGCCAGCCCUUCUCGAGCAGCGCCUGGACAGUUUGCCAGGUCCAAUUUGGUCUGUCCCUGCCAAAAAGCCAAAGCUGGAGGUUAUUGGAACCACAAUAGCACGCGAAUACUGUUGGCUGCGACCCCGUCAAAGCCGAGCUGCUUGUUGCGCCAUCCCGCCGAUCCACGCCGCCUCGACCGCAGUAAAGCGGUUGCGCGCCCCUCCGAUCUGGAACGCAGGGGUCAUUCGCUGGAACCUUCUCGUGCAUCCACAGCCGCGGCAUCUGCUGCAGCAGGACAAACGGGGUUUCAGACCGGACGCGCUGUCAAGCUUCUCGACUGCGUGCCAAGCGUGCUAAAUUUGUCUCCGCGACAAAUCCACCUGGCGUUUUUGACUUCGGCUUCGGGCAGUGCAGACUCCGCAAGCUGGCCUGCCUUAACCAGACAUCCAGGAGUACACACCCGUCCCUCACUUUCGACCACGACCGGUUAAAUACACUCGACGAGACAGCCGCCCCUCCCGCUCGACGCGGGACUUGAAGCACCAUGUGGUCUUCAUCGCAACUCUUUUAUCUCACCGUAUUUGCGCUUUGGUGCCCUCCAGGCCAGUGCCAAAGCCCUCAAGAUGCCUGCGCGAUAUCACCCCGAGCUAUAGUCUCGGACGCAUGCGCCUCAUACUCUACGCUAGAGCGCCUCAACAGCAAGCUCAAGCCCACCAUCGAGGACCUGACACGCACGACCGACUUCUUCUCACACUACAGACUCAACCUGUUUCACAAAACAUGCCCGUUCUGGAAUGACGAAAAUGGCAUGUGCGGCAACAUCGCCUGCGCCGUCGAGACGCUUGACAAUGAGGAGGAUAUACCGGCGGUCUGGCGCGCCAGCGAGCUAGGCAAGCUCGAGGGCCCGCUAGUCAAGCACCCUGGCAAGAAAGUCCAGAAGGAGCAGCCAAAGAAGCCGCUGCAGGGACGACUGGGCGAGGGCGUCGGCGAGAGCUGCGUGGUCGAGUACGACGACGAGUGCGACGAGCGCGACUACUGCGUGCCCGAGGACGAGAGCGCCGCCGCAAAGGGCGACUAUGUCAGCCUCCUGAAGAACCCAGAACGGUUCACCGGCUAUGCCGGAGCCGGAGCGGCGCAGGUUUGGGAUGCCGUGUACCGGGAGAACUGCUUCCAGCGCUCGUCGUUCCCAGGCGCGUCGCAACUGGGCAAGUCGGCGGCGGCCUCAUCGCGACGCAACCCGGCCGCCAUGGACUUCAAGUCUGUACUCGACGCGGCCGGCCGGCAGCAGGUGCUACAGGAACACCGGGCGGAGCAGCCCAACACGCCCUUUGUGGCCAAGACGGGUCUCGAGAACGAGGACGAGUGUCUUGAGAAGCGCGUCUUCUACCGCGUCAUGUCGGGAAUGCACGCCAGCAUCAGCACGCACCUCUGCUGGGACUUUCUCAACCAGACGACGGGCCAGUGGCAGCCCAACGUGGGGUGCUACAAGGCGCGCCUGCACGGGUUCCCUGAGCGCAUCAGCAACCUCUACUUCAACUACGCGCUCGUGACGCGGGCCGUGGCCAAGCUGGGCCCCCACCUUCAGGGGUACACUUUCUGCACGGGCGAGCCGGACCAGGACGCGGCGACGCGAGCCAAGGUCCUGGCGGUGACCGAGGGCGCGGCCAGCGUGCCGCAGACGCUCGACGAGUCGCUCAUGUUCAAGAAUGGCGAGGGCCCGUCGCUCAAGGAGGACUUCCGGAACCGGUUCCGCAACGUGAGCCGGCUCAUGGACUGCGUCGGCUGCGACAAGUGCCGGCUCUGGGGCAAGCUGCAGACGGCGGGCUACGGGGCCGCGCUCAAGGUGCUCUUCGAGUUCGACAACGACAGCGACUGGGUCCCGAGCCUCAAGCGCACCGAGCUCGUCGCGCUGUUCAAUACAUACGCCCGCCUGAGCUCGUCCCUCAGCGCGAUCACGCGGUUCCGGAAGAUGGUCGAGGAGGAGGGCGCAGGCGGGCCCCCCGAGGAACAGCCCGUCGACGUGAUUCCAGAUCGCGCCAGGAAGCCGCACCACGUGGUCGACCCCGUGGAGCCCAGCCCCGAGGCGAGUGCGCCGUCGUCCAAGAUUGACGACGAGGCGCACGAGGAGCCCGAACUCAACAGGACGGAGACCAUAUCGGAAAGUCUCCAAAACGAGGUGGACCAGGUAUACAAGGCGUUCAAAUACGUGAUUUUAGGAUGGAUAAGGUUCCCUUCUAUGGCUUGGGAAUUUGCGAGUGCCGAAGUCACGCGGUUCUGGAGGUUCUACAUCGGGCUGCCGGUUCCACUGCGCGACUACAGGCUCAACCGACCAGACUUGGACGAGCUCUGAAGGGCGAUGAUGAUUUAUCUGGUUAUGCGAAAGUCACGCCUGCAUUUUUAUUGGCCUCUGCAUCAUGCUUACCAUGGCUCUUUGGCGUUUGGGUAGUAUUGGCUUGACGACAGCACGGAUGCCGUCCGGUUUUAGCUUUGUUUUUAUGUCUUUCCGGGACGAGGGGUCUUGUUGCGAAGCGGCGGGAUUUGUCGCAGACAGUUCGCAAUGUUGUACAUACAGCACGACCUAAUCUCGCCCGAGAUGUAUAUACCUCGGCAACAAAAGUUUUAUCACGGCUUUGCACAUUUCUGUUGCUAAUGCACUAUAUCCCAAAGAGAUUCUGCCUCA